AUGAGGUUGACUUCCCGAAUAAUCAAUAAUGCAUCCACUUACCUUAAUCCAGAAGGUAAAUUAACCUUGCAGUUGAGAAAUUUACAAAUUCCUUAUAUUGAAAAUUUAUCAUUAACUCAAAAUCGAUUUUCAGUUAUAGAUUUAUCCAAUAAUGAAUUAAUAGAGUUAAGCAAUAUUCCAGAAGAUUUAACCAAUUUGGAAGUCUUGUUAUUGGCGAAUAACAAGAUUUCGUAUAUAGAUGAUACUAUUGCAGAAAGUAAUGGACUCAAAUCGGUUGUAUUAACUAAUAACAAUAUUUCUCACUUUCACAAGAAUUUCAAAUGUUUUAAGGAACUUGAAAAUCUAUCCUUAAUUGGUAAUCCAAUUCAAGAUAGAGAUAAUUAUAGACUAUUCAUAAUUUGGUUGAUACCGUCAUUAAAAGUGUUGGAUUUUUCAAAAAUAAAAAAACUGGAACGAGAUGACGCUGAAAAUCUAUUUGGAUUACAAGUUGAUGAACCAUCGGAAUUAGCAACGACCUAUUUGAAUGAUACUAGUUCAGUUCUAAACAAUAAAGAUAAUAAUCUGAGUUAUAAAGAGAAGAAUUUGAAGACGGUUACUAAGAAAUUGACUGAUGCAGAGAGGGAAGACUUAAUAAAGAAAUUACAGAAUGCUUCUAGUAUCGAGGAAAUAGAAAUGCUUGAAAGUACAAUACUGAAAGGCUAUAUAUAA